AUGGAUCUUUUAAAUGAGUUAGAUAACGACUUUAGUGAGGUAUAUGAGUCCGAAACUGAAGCGGUCGUGAAGCAAGCAGUACCCAGAGAAGGUAAUGUUGAUACGUUUCCCGAUAAACUGGCACAGUUGAUUAAGAAUUCCAAGAGCAAUGCAGGUGCAAUGCGAAGUUUUAUUAUGCCGUUGGCAGUGGAGAUACAUUUAUGGGUUUUAGAUGGUAACCCAGAGUUGAAAGUUCUGAACCAGCUACAGCGGUUGAUACAGGAUGAAAUCCUCUCAGUGUACAACGAGGUGGUAUCUAAUUAUAAUAAGAGAUUUCCAGAACUGCCAAAUGUUGUGUCGGAACAGGAGAAGUACGUUUCUGUGGUGAAAGAAUUGGAGGCGCGUCCCGAUGUUCCAGAACUGGGGAAGCUGUUGAAUAAGGAACAAAUGCUGCUGGUGUCUAUGACGAUGCAAACGGGGUUUCACAAGGAGUAUAAGGUAGAUUCCCCUGUUAUUGCGGAGUUAAUUGAUCAGUACGAGGUUCUACACGCACUCAAAAGCGACAUUACCACGUAUAUUUCAAAGAAAAUGCACACAAUUGCCCCAAACGUAUGUGCCUUGGUUGGCCAGGAGGUCGCUGCUGCGCUGCUAACGUACACAGGAGGUAUGAAGGAAUUGAGCGAAAUACCUAGCUGUAACCUAGCCUCUAUUGGCAAGACCAAACACCUCUCCCAUGUGCAACAGCUGGACACCUCUGGCGUACGACAGAAGGGAUAUAUCUUUGACUGCGAAUUGGUGCAAUCGCAACCGGAAGCAUUACAGAAGCAAGCUCUGCGCAUGAUAUGCGCCAAGUUAGCUCUGGCAUCCAGGGUCGACUAUUUACACCACCAAGAAAACACACACGGUUCCUUGGGCGCAACCUGGAAAGAAGAAAUUCUUGACAAGCUUAACAAGAUCCAAGAUCAUCCUAACAUCGCCAAUGUCAAACCGUUACCAAUACCUGAAGAUAAGCCGAAAAAACAACGUGCAGGACGUAGAUUCAGGAAGUACAAGGAAAAGUUCCGCCUCUCCAACCUCCGCCAACUGCAGAAUAGAGUUGAAUUCGGCGUACAAGAGGUGACUUCUUUAGAUAUCUUUGGCGAAGAAGUAGGUAUAGGAAUGGCCACAUCUUCCACAUCCAUAGCAGCAGCCAGCAACAAGAAUGCAGCGAAGCUGCGUAAGAAAAUGAAGGGAAGAGUAGAAAUGGCAAAUAAGGAAUCUGCAGUCUUUUUUGAAUCUGAUGAACGAGCAACAAUGUCAAACCUAUCUGCCCCCAGCAUCGGUGUCACAGAAUACAAUACUGAUAGCACCAAAAAACAAGAGAAACACACCCAAACGAACCAGUGGUAUGCAAAGCAUCUAAAGAAAUAG